UGGCACUUCCGUUUUUGACAGGAAAAUAUAAACACUGUCAAAUAUCAUCAUUUUCCAGUCUACAUAGACAUUUUUGAAGAUAUCUAUACAACAGAUAAGUAUAUAAAUAUCAAAUCAGUUAAAGUUUGAUACAUACAAAUAGAUAUGGACAUGCACGACUGAGUUGAUAACAUUGAAUUUACAAUGGAUGAGAACGAGUCGUCACCACCAGAUAUUGCUGAUCAGAAUGCUCAAGCAAACAUAGUAGACAUCAUCCCUGAACAAGAAGAUGAUGGAGCCUUGCAUUUACAACCAGAAAAUACAGAAUCUGAUUCUUCCGUAGGUGGAGACAGUACUGAGUCACAUCAUGACGAACUUGUUGAAAGUCAACAUUUAAAUUCAAAUGCAGAAGGAAUGGAUACUAAUGCAGAUGACAAUAUUGGGAAUGAUCACAGAGAGACUGAGGAUGAAAAUAAUGAAAAUAUUGAGAAGGAUCCACCUAAGGUUGAAUCAGUUAUUGAAAUUGUGGGAACAUCCAAUAGUAACUGUGCAGAGGAGCCUCCAGAAUGUGACCUAGAACCAGUUGAACCAGAAUGUGAUCAAUCUAGUCUCCCUGACCCUGAGCCAAGUUUUGGUCAAUCAAUUGAUGAGAAUGUUCAAGGUGAGGACAAGGACAAAAAUGCAGUGAACCCAACAGAAGUCAAUGAAAAUGUGAACAAUGUAAGUAAUGAUAAUGAUUCAAAUGUGAGUAAUGAGAUACAAUGUAGUGACCAAGAAAGUGUCAAUGACAAUGAGGAAUCAAGAAAUGGAGAUUUGACUGGUAGACAGUCGCAAACUAAAGAACACUCAGCAAAUGAUCGGAUUGAAGAGACUAAUGAAGCUGUUGAUAUUGAUGCAGACAAUAAGCCAAUGGACUAUGAUGCUCUAUCUGAGGCUCAAAAUGGUGCUAUAACAGACUCUAGUGACAAACCAAAUGCUUUAAAUAUAAGUCCACAAGAGGAAGGUCAUGAAUCAGAAAUUCAUAAUACAAGUCAAGAAGUUAUUACAGAACGUAAUCAGAAACAUUCCAGCUCCACAACUCUAAGUCAAGAUAUUCCAAUACAGAAUGGAAUUCAAGAACAUUUAGAAACUGCAGUCAGUGACAAUAUUCCAAAUUCGAAACAAGCCAUGUUGCAAAGUAAUGAGGCACUGCAUGAUAUUGUACAAAGUGACAAUUUUGAAAUGGAUCACCCUGAAGUCACAUGUGACAUAAAGGAAGCUUCAGUUCAAAAUGAAGAUGCAAAACAAGCCAUAGUGCAGGGAGAAAAUAAUAAACAAGCUGUAGUGCAAAAUGACAGCAUUCAACAAGACAUAGUGCAAAGUGACAA